UUAACAAUGAAUUUGUCUUACUAGGAUACAAUAUCACAAAAAUCUGUAGAUAUACAUGAUUCUGUUCAACCAAGAUCUUCAGAUAACAGACAGCAGGCACCACUGGUUUCUGUUUCUACUAUGAAUGAAGAAGUUAGCAAAGUGAAAUCUACAGCAAAAUUCCCAGAACAAAAACUGUUUGCUGCCCUGUUGAUUAAAUGUGUUGUGCAGCUGGAACUCAUCCAGACCAUCGACAACAUUGUGUUCUUCCCAGCCACAAGUAAGAAGGAGGAUGCAGAGAACUUAGCUGCAGCCCAGAGAGACGCAGUAGACUUUGAUGUUCGAGUUGAUACUCAAGACCAAGGAAUGUACCGCUUUUUAACAUCACAACAGCUUUUUAAGCUACUGGACUGCUUAUUAGAGUCCCAUAGAUUUGCAAAAGCAUUUAAUUCCAACAAUGAACAGAGGACUGCUCUGUGGAAAGCGGGCUUCAAAGGCAAGUCCAAGCCCAACCUUCUAAAACAGGAGACAAGCAGCCUGGCCUGUGGGCUGCGCAUUCUCUUCAGGAUGUACAUGGACGAGAGCAGAGUCAGUGCCUGGGAAGAAGUCCAGCAGAGGCUUCUGAAUGUCUGCAGUGAAGCCCUGAGUUACUUCCUCACUCUAACGUCCGAAAGUCACCGUGAAGCCUGGACUAACUUACUUUUAUUAUUCCUAACUAAAGUUCUGAAGAUAAGUGAUAACAGGUUUAAAGCUCACGCAUCAUUCUACUACCCUCUCUUAUGUGAAAUUAUGCAAUUUGACUUGAUUCCUGAACUUCGUGCUGUUCUUAGAAGAUUUUUCCUACGAAUUGGAAUAGUUUUUCAGAUAUCACAACCACCUGAACAGGAACUUGGAAUAAACAAGCAAUGAUGAGAACUGAAUAUUUUUCUGUUGGUGUUUACAUUCCUCUGCUCUGUAACAGGACCCUAGAGCAGAGGUUUCCUACCUGGAAAAUUGUUUCUCUCAAUUGCAGUGUCUGAGAAUUACUGGUAGCGAUGCAAUGCGAUGCUUACAGCUAUAACUCAGUCCAACACUCCAUGUGGUCCCUAUAGUAAGUAGUCUGGUGGCUUCUCUGUCAUGUUGGGCUCAUGUUGAGCAGAAAGUCUGUUCAAACAGUGUCAGCUUACCCUCAUGGGUCCUUCCCUGUCCUCUGAGCAGGGUGAGCCCCACACACUUUUGGCAGGUACGAAAAUGAAACUUACCCAAAGAAGUAUAGAUAUAAAGAUGGAACUUCUGCAAGAAGUACAACUCAGGAGAGCUGUAUUUUGAAGGAUAAAAUGUUUAUAAUUGGGGGGGAAGGGAGAAAAUUAUUGCUCAUGGUAAAAGAUAUUUAGCAACUAUGGUAUUCUUACUCUGAAGAUUUUUGCACACUCAGGCUAUCUGAGAUACUGGGAAUCAUCAUCUUUCUGUGAAAAUGUACAGAGAUGGAGGGCUGUAAUAUAAAAACCUUAAAACAUAUUGUUCCUCCUGCACUGUCUUAUUUCUUUAUUUUCUUAUCUACUUGCUAAAUACCCAUAAUAUUUUGUCAAAUGCACUAAAACAUUUGGGGUGAACUUUUGUCUUUUGGGGGGAUGGUCAUGUUGAGGGCUUAAUAUGAAUCUGUUGUGACUAGUGCUUGUCAAGAUCACAACGGGGGGAACCACCAAGGUAGAACACAUCCACGCUGACAAGAACUACCUGUGACAUACUCCUAGGGCUUUAAAGAUGAGCCAUAAAGUAGAUGACCUUUCACAGAGUGAAACUUGAAUCACUGCAGAAUGAAUCUAGGUUGCUGUCACUUUUUCUUUUGGGUGGCGGGGCUUGAUGUAGAUUUUAUUCUAUGUACAGAAUUUAAUGUUGAAUAUAUUAAAAUAACAAAUCUGGCAUGGUUUGGGGAGGUUAGAUUUACUGGAAAUGUAUUCAUACUGUGAAUUGUGCUCUGAUGGUAAAAUGCAAAGCUUGUCAAGCAUUCCAUAUUAACAGUGGAUGUAGAAAAUUUUUUUCAGAUGGAUAAAAUGUAUAUGGUACAGAUGUAAAGUUUUCUAUGUAAAAAUUCUGUACAACUUUCUGUACAAUAUUGAUUCUCAUCUGGCAUAUCUAAUCAGGUUAUAGGUCAAUAAAGUUUUUGAAUUAUUUCAUCAGUGCAGUUAAAACUGUGUAAA